CCUCUCUCUUUAAAAAGUUAUUUACACCACCUCCACCAACAACAACGAUAUCGUCAUCAUCUUCCUCUUGUAUUCUCAACAACCAUAAUGUCUUAUUACGGCGCAACGCCAAACAAACUCUAUCGAAGUCUCUCUAAAGCAGAGCGAGACUUGCUACAGGCAGAUCGCCCUGGAUAUGGCUCCUGUAGUAUCUUUGAAGUGUCUUUCAACCUAGUUAAUGCAACCGUCGGUGCUGGUAUCAUCGGCCUACCAUUCGCAAUAGCCCAUGCAGGAUUCUUUGCUGGUAUCCUGCUGUCUAUCUUUGUUGCCAUUCUGUCCCAAGUCGGCCUUUACAUGUUGAUUGUUGCCGGUCAACGUGUGGGGGUUUACAAAUUUGCCCAACUAGUCGAAUAUGUACUGGGUAGAUUUGGAUAUCAUUUCCUCAACUGCGUAAUUCUCAUCCAGACAGGCGGUGCAUGUUUAAGUUACUUUAUCUUGCUCGGUGAUACGCUCACCGUCCUUGCCGACCGCUAUGUGCCUCAAGUGCCACUAUUGGCCGAUCGGGUAUUUGUGGUUAGCAUGGUGUCUCUUGUACUUAUUCUUCCCCUCAACAUGUCACGUUCUAUUGGUGCUCUUGCCAAAUGGUCCAUCGUGGCUGUGUGCUGUCUACCUGUCAUUCUUGUCACAAUCAUCACUCGCGCACCUGCCUAUGCUCCCAAAGAAAAGAUCCCCUUGACUUUCCUGGGUGACGACAUGUUUAGUUCACUUGGAAUCAUGGCCUUUGCCUUCACCUGUUCCCAGGUGGCAUUUAACAACUAUCUCACGCUUGAACACCAAACUCCGCGUUCCUGGGGAAUCACAACUUCCAUUUCGACAUUUACCAGUUGGGCAAUUUCUAUAUUUUUUGCAGUCAUUGGUUAUCUCUGUUUUGGCCCCAAUGUACAACCCAACCUGUUCAUGAAUUUCGCGGCUGACGAUCUUGUUAUCAAUAUCGGACGUCUUGCCUUGGCAGGAGACAUGAUCCUAACACUACCAAUGGCCUUCUUUCCUUUUAGAGAUGCUAUUCAAAAGCUAUUGGGCUUGGAAAGAUCCGGUCGUCAACCAACAGAUUUUGAACACAACUCAAUCACAGUCAUCUUUUUCGGUCUCUUGUUGGUCGGUGGUGUGACAAUUCACUCGCUCGGCAAAGUGUACGCUUUGGUUGGCGGUGUGGCUGCCACAACUCUGGCUUAUAUCUUGCCAGCAAUUGCCUAUCUCUGUACCCGCUCAGCCGCCAACCAGAUCUCGUCGUCUGCGAACAGUGGAAGCAAUGGGUGCUGCGAUUAUCCUACCAACACAAACCUCUACACAACCAACACUCUGUUCCCCACCCUCUCUGUAUCCACUGCCGUCUCGGCUUAUGAAGACUACGACAAGAACCUCCAGGUCACAACUCCCUUAUUUUCUGAUUCGGCCUCGCUCGCCUCUUCCUCGACCAGACUGCCUUACUUUGACGAGGAGGAUGUGUCGACCGUCGGAGGCGAUGAUGUGGGUAACUUGGAUGAGCUCGAUUCAGGAAGUCUUCAGUCCUGUUGGUGGCUAAAUGCAACAGCUGGUCUGCUUAUCGUCUGGGGAUGCCUUGUCAUGUUCUUUUCUACAUCUGCCGUCCUUUCUCAACCAUAGAAUAAAGUAGUACACACACAUAUAUUUGUUUUUUUUCUUAUUACCGUCAUCACUCUUAUUACUAUCAUUAUUAAUAAUCUUUAUAUAUUUCUUUUAUAUAUAUAUAUAUAUAACUUCUUUUUUCUUUAAUUGUAGAUAGAUAGUCGUUUUUCUUGUAUUACAGCUUUUAUUAUCCUUUUCUCUCUCUUGCUCUCUCUACAAUCCACGUUUCUUUUCUUUCUUUGCUAUCAUUUAUAUCAUACUCACCCAGUAUUCUCCUAACCUGUCAACCUUUCCCCUUUUCUUUAUCUCUUUAUUUUCAUUCCAUAUACUUUAAUAUACAAUUUUCAAAUAAACAAUACAAUAUACAUUG